CUUCCAACAAAACCAAACUUUGAAAAUUCGCCUUGAAGAUUGCUUCUUAUGACCAUCGACGACAACCACCGCCCAGCGCCCAUCGACCAAUCUACCCGCCAAAUCCCCCUUACAAUCAUCCAAGAUGGCCCCCGUUAAGAAGAGCAAGAAGGACCAGAACUCCAUCAACUCCAAGCUUGCCUUGGUCAUCAAGUCUGGAAAGGUCACUCUUGGCUACAAGUCCACGCUGAAGUCUCUGCGCACCGGCAAGGCCAAGCUCAUCCUCAUCGCUGGCAACACCCCUCCUCUUCGCAAGUCCGAAUUGGAGUACUACGCCAUGUUGGCCAAGACGCCCGUCCAUCACUUCAGCGGCACCAACAUUGAGAUGGGUACGGCUCUGGGAAAGAUCUUCAGAUGCGGCACCAUGGCGGUCCUCGACGCCGGUGACUCUGACAUUCUCAGCGAUCAGGUCGCCUAAGUGGAUGAAGCACAGAUUGGCUGGGAACGGCGUUGGGGAACAUGGUCAAUAAAAUAAGGAAAAUGCGAUUCGCAAAUUUGGACCGCGGCUUGGGAUAUGCCUUUAUGAUACCUCAGUCUUGUCGCCAGGACAAGACUACUGAUGACCAGAGGCACUUUCAAUCGAAGAUACUCGCCUGUUACCCCGCCAUGUAACGAGUCCCACUCGU